UCUUCGCUGCGAAGAAAAUGGCGGCGGCGGCGCCGAGCGGCGACGAGGGGCGGCUGGAGGAGAAGUCCGAGGAGAACCUGCAGCGGCCGCCCAAGGCCAAGAAGCCCAAGAAGGAGCGCAAGGAGCCGGAUCAGCCCGCGGCCGAGCCCGCCGAGGCCGGCAAGGCCGAGAGCUCGGAGGGGGCUGGGGCGGCGCCGGCGGCCCCGGAGGCGUCGGCGUCGCCGAAGCAGCGGCGCUCCAUCAUCCGCGACCGCGGGCCCAUGUACGACGACCCCACGCUGCCCGAGGGCUGGACACGCAAACUCAAACAGCGCAAGUCCGGCCGCUCGGCCGGCAAGUACGACGUCUACCUGAUCAACCCGCAGGGAAAAGCCUUCCGCUCCAAGGUGGAGCUGAUCGCCUACUUCGAGAAGGUGGGGGACACCUCGCUGGACCCCAACGACUUCGACUUCACCGUCACGGGCCGGGGCAGCCCCUCGCGCCGCGAGCAGCGCCCGCCCAAGAAGCCCAAAUCGCCCAAAGGCCCCGGCACCGGCCGCGGCCGGGGGCGGCCCAAGGGCAGCGGCGGCGGAGGCGGCAGCGCCCGGCCCAAGGCGGCCUCCGCCGUGUCCGAGGGGGGCUCCGCGGCCAAACGGGCUCUGGAGAAGCCCCCCGGCAAGCUGCUGGUCAAGAUGCCGUUCUCCCCGGGCCAGCCGGGCCCCGCGGCCCCGCCGGCCCCGCGGCGGCCGGGCCGUAAGCGCCGGGCCGAGCCGGACAGUCCGGCCGUGCCCAAGAAACGCGGGCGCAAACCGGCGGGGGCGGCGGGGCCGGGGGGGCCGGGCGGCCCCGACAAGAAGGCGGCGACUCCCCCGGCCGUGCAGGAGACGGUGCUGCCCAUCAAGAAGAGGAAGACGAGGGAGACGGUGGUGGUGGAAGCGGUGACGAUGGCGGCCGCCGCCACGACGACGACGACAACAACGACGACGCCGGGCUCGCGCGGCCCCCGCAGCGCCCGCAGCCCCGGCCGGCGCAGCAAGGAGGGCAGCCCCAAGGGUCGGGGGGCUCCUCCCGCGCCCCCCCCGCCGCCGCCGCCGCCGGGGCCCCCCCAGAGCGACCCCAAGGACAGCGCCAGCCCCCCCCCCCCGCCGCCCCCGCCGCCGCCGCCGCCGCCCCCCCAGGACUUGAGCGGGUGCUCGGAGCAGAGGGGGGGUCCCGCGGCCCCCGACGGCUGCGCCAAGGAGCCCCCUAAGACUCAGCAGCCCCCGCCGCCGCCGCCGCUGCCGCCGUCGCCGCCCUACAAACACCGAGGGGAGCCCGAGCACAAAGACUCUGCCUCCUCUUCCUCCACCUCCUCCUCCUCUUCAUCAUCCUCCUCCUCCUCUUCCUCGUCGUCGUCCUCGUCGGCGCCGCCGCCGCCCCCGCCCCCCCCCAGCGUGGCCGUGCCGCGGCCCCCGGCCCGCGAGGAGCCGGUGGACACGCGGACGCCUGUGCCCGAGCGGGUCAGCUGACUGUGAGCCGCCGCGGCGGGGGAACGCACGCACGGACCGACGGACGGACGGACGGACGGACGGACACACGGACGGGCCCCCCCUCCCCGCCCUACCCCUGCCCCCCCUUCACGAGGCAGUGGGGACCCCCCUCCCCAACAAAAAUCCCCCCCCCUCCCUUCCUCUGUGGGUUGGGUUCUCCUCCUCCCCUCCCCGUGUCCCCCCCACCCCGAGUUUUUAUUACCGACAAGCACAGCGAGGGACCCCCCCCCCCGGACCCCCCCACUUUGCACUUUUUGAGGAUGGGGGGGGGUCUCCAGGGCCGCCCCUCCCCCCCACCGAGGUUGGGCGGGGUUUGGGGGGGGAGGGGGUUGUUUUGGGGGGGCGGGGCCGCGUCUUCCCCCCUCCCCCGGCGCCGCUUUUCUCGUUCUUCCAGUUCCGUUUUCCGCCCGUGGGAACCAUUUGCACUAUGGGGGAGGGGAAGGGGCGGGGCCGGGAUCCGGCCGGCGGCCAAUGGGGAGCGGCGCUGCAGAAGAGGGGGGUGGGGCUGAGGCCGAGGCUACGGCCAAUCAGGGGCAGGGAUCCAGCGUGGAGCCAAUCAGGAGAAGGGGGUGCGGCGUCAGGGGGCAGGGUCUGGUGUGGAGCCAAUGAAGCGGGGCGGUGGGUUCAGCCAUGAUCUGGGGCUGAGCCAAUCAGAAGCUGAGCUGGGCCGGGGUGGGGUCAAGUGUGGAGCCAAUCAGGAGCGACUGAGGAGGAGGGGUCUGGUGUUGAGCCAAUCAGGUGUGACUUUAUUGGGGGUCGGAUUUAGAGCCAAUCAGCAGCUACCAGUCUGUGCGGGAUCCGGUGUCUGGAGCCAAUCAGGAGGUGCAGGAUCAGCAAGGGGCGGGGCCUGGCCUUAGGCCAAUGGGGGCGGCUCUGUGUGAGGAGGAUCUGGUGUGGAGCCAAUCAGGAGGGACGGGAUCAGGCCUGGAGCCAAUCAGAAGCAGCCUUGGGUUCAGCUGGGAUCCAGUGUUUGGCCAAUCAGGAGCCGCGAUCCAGACAGGGGUGGGGAGGAUUCCAGAUCCCCCCGACAGAGGCGUGGUCAAGUCAAGAGCCAAUCACGAACUGGGUGGGGUCGGCGCCGUCCAAUCAGGGCUGAGAUCCUGCGGGGGCGGGGCCGUCCGGCCCUGGGAGUGACUCUGGGCGGGGGCGGGGCCCGGCCAUGAUCCAAUCAGGAGUGGUUUGGAUUGGAGGGGCGGGUCCGGCCCCCGCCCAAUGGGGUUGCUCUGCUCUGUAGGGGUCGAUCCAAUCGCGGCCAAUCAGGAGAGGCCGCAGGCAUGGUGGGAACCAAUCAGGAGCAAGGGUGUGAUCCGGUCCAGAGCCAAUCAGGAGUCAGAAUGGGCAAAGCUUUUAUCCAUUCUGGAGCCAAUCAGAAUUGAGGGUGUGAUCUGGUCUGGAGCCAAUCAGGGGCAAGUGUGGAAUCUGGUCUGGAGCCAAUCAUGCUCAAGCUGGGCAGGGCUGGGAUCUGGUCCAGGGCCAAUCAGAAUUGAGCAUGGGUGGAGCUGGGGUCUGGUCCAGGGCCAAUCAGAAUCGAGCAUGGGUGGAGGUGGGAUCUGGUCCUGAGCCAAUCAGAAAUGAGGUCUGGGAUCCGAUCGGGAACCAAUCAGGAGUGAUCUGGGCAGGGCUGGGAUCUGGUCCCGAGCCAAUCAGGAGCGAGCACGGGGCGAUCGAUCCAUUUCACAUUGGGGGGGGGGGGGGCUCAUGCUGCCCCUCCCCCACCCCCCCCCCCAGUCCCAUUUCGGGGUGGGGGAGGGGUCCCCAUCCUGCACUUUACCCACUCUGGGGGGGGGGGAGGGGUUGGGGCCACGCCCCCUUUGUGCCCCCCCCGUUCUUCCAUCGCCCCCCCCGGGGGUCCCCACCCCCCCCCCCCGGCUCCUCACGGCAAUAAAGGGGGGGGGGGGAAGGGGGGGGAGGGGCGGCCAGAGAGAGCAAACCCCAAAAAUGGGGAGGGGCCCAUGUGGGGGAGGGGUCCCGAGGAGGGGGGGGGGCACAGCCACCACCGUUAUGGGGGGGGGGGAAUUUUGGGGGGCCCCCCCCUCCACCCACGUAUUUAUUCUCUCGAGACGUUUUUGCCUUAUAAAGUUCCGGAAAAGCCCCUCGGUGUCGGUUGUUUUUGGGGAGGGGGGGUCCCCACGGCGCCGCCCCCCCCCC